UCGGACCGGCUGGUCGGAUCGGUCGUUCUGAGAGCCAGUUGAAAACCCGGUUCAGAUGUUAGCAGAGUCGCAGAGAACCCAAUGUUCUUCUAUGAACCGGAAAACAGCUAACCGGUCGGUACUUAAUUCAGACUAAAAUGCUCGGAGCUACUCGACGGUUCUGAACUGUGUAAAAAACCUAAGCCUUCUCUCUGGCUGUUUUUGUCGAUUCUUCUUCACGCCGUCGACUGCUUCUUCUCCACCAGCGAAAUCCGGCUACGUUUCACCACCUUGGCGAGCCUCUUGUUGAUGUUACGGACGAGUGUUGGUUCGAGGUUUUAGCUGGGAAGGGCAUGAAACGGAUCUGCUCGUUUUCAAGUGUUAAACUUUUUUCCAGAAGUUUCAGAGCUUUAGCAUUGCCACAAUCCUUGAACUAUCCCGCACAUUCACUCAAGCGCUCAUCAGUUCGGAUGGAGAAUCGUAACUUAUCUUCUGCUCUCAGAACCGAAAGCAAUGCGACGAAGCCAAGAGGAGCGUUGAUUGUUCUAGAAGGUCUUGACCGCAGCGGGAAAUCAACGCAGUGCGCAAAGCUGCUCUCUUUCUUGGAGGGUUCAGGUCAUCCGACCGAGCUCUGGAGAUUUCCCGACAGGGAGACGAGUGUCGGCCAGAUGAUAUCCGCGUAUCUGUCUAACAAGUCGCAGCUAGAUGAUCAUACCAUUCAUCUCCUAUUCAGCGCCAAUCGUUGGGAGAAAAGGUCAUUGAUGGAGGAGAAGCUUAAGUCAGGCACUACGCUUAUCGUUGAUCGUUAUUCGUACUCUGGUGUAGCUUUCUCAUCAGCUAAAGGUCUCGGAAUCGAGUGGUGCAAGGCGCCGGAAAUCGGGUUACUGGCUCCGGAUUCUGUACUUUACCUUGACAUUUCACCUGAAAGAGCUGCUGAGAGAGGUGGAUAUGGAGAUGAGAGGUACGAGCGAGUGGAGUUUCAGAGGAAAGUUGCUGACUUUUAUCAAACUCUGCGUGAUUCUUCAUGGAAGAUAAUCGAUGCAGGUGAAGCAAUGGAGGAAGUAGAGAAGAAGAUUCAAGAAGUGGCAUUAGAUAGAGUCGAAGAGUGUGCUAAAGGAAAGCCUCUUUCUCUCCUCUGGUCAUCUUGAAUUCUUGAUGGUUUCUCUCCACAAGGAACAAUAUUGAAGAAGACACAAAAGUAAAGAUUUAUGGGCCGUACAAGCCCAUUAACAGGCUCAAUUUAUUUGCUAUCGUCGCUCAUGACGUCUUUAGCAAUGAUUUUGCGUGUAAAAUAAUAAUUUAGCGACAUUAAAGAAUGGACAAAUCAUUAAACGAUACUGCGUCAGGUUUAACUAAACACAAGUUGAAGAAUAAUCGUCAGUAAUUAACAAUAGUAUCAGUAGAUUAAGG